GUAUUGAAGGUAGUGUGUUGGUAAACUUGUUCAUUUCAGCCAUCAAACCGAAACCCCUCAACGCCUCGGUUGCACCUCCAAAUUCUGUCCAUAAAAGAACAGAAUUAAUAGAAUUUGUGGCAAAUGACGUCGUGCAAUCCUCACUGGACACGGGUCCGAUUUACUUCCGGUAAUGCAAACCAAACUGACCUAUAAAAUAACUGGUUAAAUUCUAUUUUUAGAACGUGCAGCGGACCAAUAAAACAAAUGCCCCACCGGCCAUUUGUUUAGCGUCUUCGGCCUUUUUCUGUCCACUUCCCACCGAGGCAGCAGGAAUUAUUCAUGUAUUGGUCUAUUUUUAGACGCAGAGAAAUCCUUCGUAGCGUGACGUAACACAGCCAUGGCUUCCUUUCCGAAAUAAUGCAUUAUUUACAUCUUUCUGGUCCCUGUAGGAUUAGAAAUCGUUGCGGAGUUAAUCGAAAUCGACACCUGAGCUGUGAAGCGUUCACAUCCGCUGCUCUAAUUUGGAACAGCGGAAGGCGGGGCCUAGACAGGACCCCCCAACAUCCGCACUCCCAUUGGUUGGCGACUAUGUGGGCGGAUGUUUAGUGACGUCACGCUCGCCCGGGAUUAACCUGUUUUUAUGUCGCCUCAUCCAUCCUAUAUUGUAGCCGAUCGCGUUGUCGGGAGUGGAUUAUCGCCAUGAAGUGACGUUUGGACCUCGGCGAUCCUUACGUAACUUUACGUCGCCCGGAGAAGGUUCUGGAAGAGCGCGACGCGGUGUCCGGAUGAGGCGCCUGUCCUUUCACGGAGAUGGGGGCCGACGGCAGCAAGAAGAGGCCCGUUGAGUCGCGGGAGGAUGAGAACUUGGCAUCGGGAUGGCGUGGCUUCCUGUCCAGCGUGGGCCUGUCCCUCCCCGCCACCAUCUGCCGCCUGGCCCCGCCGGCCCUGCGCCUGGGUCGGCGGCGAAUGCUUCAAGCCAAGGUGCCCGACAUCCCAGAGCACGUGCUGAGGUUGGCCGGGGUCGGCCCGGACAAACUGCGGGCCGAGUGGAGCCUGCCGGGCUUCAUCGCCAUGUUCCUGCCCGAGUUCCCCCACAGGGCCGUGCCUGGACAGGAACACUUUCAGGUGUUGGGUUACAUCGCCAAAGGUUCUUUUGGGCCCAUCCUGAAGGUGAAGGACAAAACCAAACACAAGAUGUAUGCUGUCAAGGUGAUACCCAAAUCUGAGAUCCUCAGGCUGGGCGUCUUGGAGCAGUCCAAAGAAGAGGUCAUAGUUCAGCGUCAGGUUCAUCACCCAUUUGUCCAUGACCUCCAGGACUGUUGGCAGACACAACGCCACCUCUACAUUAUGUGCGACUACUGCGGCACCGGGGACCUGUACACCUACUGGCAGAUGAUCGGACACUUUGCAGAGGACACGGUGCGAGUGUUUGCAGCCGAGCUGGGCUGUGCGCUAGGGUUUCUUCACGACUUUGGAAUCAUCCACAGAGAUGUGAAGAUGGAGAAUAUCCUGCUGACAGAUGAUGGUCACCUCCGCUUGGCUGACUUCGGUCUGUCCCGUCGUCUAGAGCGAGGCGGACGAGCUUUUACCAUUUGCGGCACCAUCCAAUACAUGGGUGAGGCCCCCGAGGUGCUGAGUGGCGGCCCUUACAACCACGCGGCUGAUUGGUGGUCCCUGGGAAUCCUCCUCUUCUCAUUGGCUACCGGCAAGUUCCCCGUGCCUCCAGAACCAGACCACUGUGGCAUGCUGAGGAGGGUGAGGUCCUUCCCCUACGAGAUGCCCCUCAGCCUGACCCCGCCCCUGGCCGUGCUCAUCACCGAGCUGCUGUGCAAAACGCCCGCCCGCCGACUUCGGACCCUGGAUCGCUUCCAACGCCAAACCUUCUUCCGCGGGCUGAGUUUUGACCAAAGCCUCUUGCAGCGCCACCCCGUGGAGGUGAUCCUGGAGCUGAGGGAGCGACCGGAUCGUGCGGCCAAAGCCCGCAGAGGCCUGACUCUGUCGCUGCAGCCGCUCAAAGGCUUCGACUACGACUCGCUGCUCAGCCCGCCGUGCACGCCCGACACGCAUCCGGACCGGGACACGCAGAUACAAGCGGCGUUACCGUUGCAGUGUGCUCGGCAACAAGGUCCACGCAGGGAGGUGUUUGUGUGACGGAAGCAGGACCCAUCAGCUCACUUUGGUACGGUACUCUUUUAUUGAAUACGGGCCGCAACGCCACCGCUGCUACCAUUGCUACUCUAACUACGAUGGUAGGGCCGGGCUAAAGCCACAUGUCAACAACAAAGAUGGCCUCCAUUGUCGUUCCAUGUGGCCUUCCUCUUCUUUGUUGGCGCCUCUCAGUGUCGCUACUUCAGGCCUCAACACACAAGACGCAUCAAGAUGACUUCCAAACCGUACCGAGGUGAACUGAACUGAACCGUACCGCGUCUGUGGCUUCUGUCCCACUUCAGGGUCCAAACCCCUUCUGGAGGACCUGUCCUCACCACCCUUGUUAAAUGGGUCCGUCUCGCCUGAUGGAGACUUCCUGGUUGCGUCACGAUGCUUGCUGGCUACAUGUUAGCAUUGCUAACAUCCCACAUUCAAGCGUUUUUUAGAACUAAGAGAUGCACAUGAUAUCUUGUACGGUACCGACACCGGCAAAUGCACGGCAACGUCCAAAAGCUACAAACAUUAAUACCAUUUGAAAAUGACUAUAGUUUAUUACAAAUAAUAAUAUCUAAGAAAAAUGUACCUUUUCAUUCCACAACUUAUAUCUUGGCCUCCAGCUGAUGUAUUCAAAGAUGGAUGUCCCUCAGGUCGGACUCCCUUGGUAGCCUGGCCAACUUCCUGGUUGCCCGGCCAACUUUCUGAUGGGGCCUGACCAAUAUCCGGGUUGCCUGGCCCACUAUUUGAUAGCCUGGUCAACUUCCUGGUAGUGUGGCCAUCUUCCUGGUAGCCCGGCCACCAGCAGAUUGCAUCAUUUUUAUUUUGCAGCAUUAUCCCGUUGCAUGCGUUUUUAGUAUUUGAAACAUUUGCUGCAUGUUCGCCCCAGUCGGCCCCCAUAACCUCGGGAUGUGGCUGCCCAGUAAGCACAGCAGGCGCAUAGCGCUCAUGACAAAAAGUUACAUUUGUUGGCUGUUUUUGUUGCAUUUUUGUUGUUCAGCAUCACACGUUUUGCUGAACAUUUCAAGGUGAGAAGGGUUGAAGUACUUUGUAAGAUGUUUGUCGAAGCCAAGACAGAACGUGUUAUGGAAAAGGGACGACUUUAUUUAUGACAAAGCUAUUUUUGUCACGUUUUGUACUGAGCACAACCUUUUUUUUUUGCCUUUUCACCCCCAAAAGAGCACCUUUCCAUACCUCAUGUGUUUGCCGGCUUGUGCAAGAGGAAGAAAGAUGAUAACGCUAUUGUUCGUCUUUUCAAUGACAAUGGCAACAUUAUCAACUUGUACACACAAAGAAAGGUCACUCUUGCCGAAGACAAUACAGUACUUCAUUUUUUGCAAUAACCCCUUUUUGCUGACUGGUUUACAUUGUAAUUUUAUAUAAUAUUUAUAAAGGCACCCACUACUUCCCUUUCUGUGGAUGAAUAAUUAUGUGUAGUGUACAUCUUCAACAUCCUGCUUUAUUUGUCCAUCUUGUAUCACCAGUGACUCAGGGGACCAUUCAGCAGAUAGACAUACACACAAUAGACAUACACACCAUAGACAUACACACAGGGCUUUUUCUAAUGCACUUACCUGAUCGUCAGAGAACAUGUCCCGAUGUGCCCGAAUGCCUCACCAGUGAUCCUGACUUUUGUUGUGUUACCAGAAUGCUGCUUUAUUGAAGACAAAAGUCCUCUUUAUACAAUUUCUACGAGUAUUUUGGAUGCUGUGUGAUGUCACAUGUCAUGUUGUAUUUUUGUAUCUUCCCGUAGCACCCAUGGAUCAUUAAAGCUGAAAUCUUGCUGUA